AUGAAUAUCCCCAUCGUGGACGACCUUGCCGCGCUCUCCUUUGCAAGAGCUCUGGUCUUUCCAUCAAACUCGAACACGCAGCAACAGCAGCAGCAGAUGAUGAACCCCGUUCAUAUUCACGCCGCCUUAGGACCCAGGAGCUUCGAGACUCCCAUGUAUACCGCUAUUGCCACCUCGUCUGUUGCCGCAGUACCAACAACGCCACCAGCGACACCAAUUGCAAUGAUGGGUGAUACGACGCAGAACACCUAUUAUGGUACCUUUGAAACCCCUUUUCCCGCCGCGACGCUGCAGUCAUUUCAAGACCCAGGGUUCUUUACCCUCGGCCAGCAACAGCCACCACCCAUGUGGGCGCCUCAAACUCACGAGGCCGUGGCCACAGCACACUUCAACAACUCCCCCGAUGCCACUUCACAAAACCAACUCCGACCACAACAACAGCUGCUGCAACACUACCACCCUCACACAUCACACAACACCCACCACUUUCAUCCUCAUCGGCACCAAGAGUUGUCAACCGGUGUGCCCCCUCACUUUCAGAGCGACCCUUCAUUUCCCCCUCCUCUGCCACUACCAAUGACGUCCCCUUUUACUGAUGUUGACGAUUCCGUUACCAGUCAGAGCACGUUCUCCUCAACGCCAUCCUCCUCCUCCUCCUCCGAGAACGAGGACGAGGAAGACGAGGAGGAUGUGAAAUCAGAGGCUCCGUCCACAUCCUUUUCCUUCCCCACAAAAGCAUCGACCUACCGCAAGAAGCCCACCAAACGCCGUGCGCCCUCUACCACUGCCGCUCCCAAGACCUCCUCUGUCCCUAAACACCCCAAGCACCCAAAACCCCUCAAGACCAGCAAAGUUAACAAACCAAACACCGCCAAACCACCAGGGAAGUUACACCAGUGCCAAGAAUGUAACCGCCUCUUCAGCCGGGCUUGCAACCUCCAGUCGCACCAGACCACACAUCUCCGUCAGAAGCCCUACCCGUGCCCGGACUGCUGCAUGGCAUUCGCGCGGGUGUACGACAUGAAGAGACACCAUCGGAUCCAUUCCAACGUGCGGCCGUACCAGUGUGCGAUGUGCCCUGAGGCAUUCAAGCGGAUUGAGGCGCGCGAGCGCCAUUACCUUGCGCACCAUGGGUACCCCAGCCAGGGAGCGUAA